CGACACGCUCGCUCGCAUCCGCCUCGUCGACUCGGAGCAGGUCGCGUCAUGAGCGAGGUCAAGAGCAGCAGGGCAGACGGCGGCAAUUCUACACGAAACACCGACCAGUCCUCGACGCGACAAGACGACGUCGGCCAGGCCCACUUCCUCCGACUGCCCGACGAGCUCAUCGCCGCCAUCUCGCGCUUUUACAACCCGCCGAUCCCGUUCGAGCUCGGCCAUUUUACCCUGCCGUCGCGGUACAUGCGCGAGGGACGAGACGAGCUCCGCUCGAUGGCGGCGACGUGCCGCCGGCUCGCCAGAGUCGUGCGCCCGCUCCUGUACCGCACGCUCGUCUUUGUCGACGACAAGCGCAGGACACGAACGGUCCACUUCUACUCGGCCAAGGACAUCCAUACCUACGUCCGCGAGCUGUACUGGCAGCCCUCAUACCUGUACAACGACAUGUCGCCGGUGUUCCUGCCCAUCGCCGAGAACCUCACCUACCUCGUCCUCGCCUUUCUCCCACAAAACGUCCCCGACGAGUUUAUCUCGGACGACUAUGCGGGCCUGACGACGCUCCGCACGUCGUUCACGAACGCGCUUCGACACCUCAAGCACCUCGAGGCGCUCGAGAUCCCGUUCUGGGAGAGCCGCGAGGACCCGACCUUCACCUUCUCGACCGACAUCAUGCCGUCGCUCAAGCACGUCAGCAUCGGCGACUGGCAGCAGUGGGACGCGUUCGAGGUCGAGCACAAGAUCGACGUCGUCAAGUGGCUCAUCCACCCGGACCUCGACUUUGACGAGAACAUCAUUCGCGGCUUCUUCGAGCACCUCGGCCGUCAGACCCGGGUCCUCCAGUUCGCCGCCCAGUCGGGUUGGGGCAGGACCGACCUUCCUCAAGGGUUGACCGAGAACCUGCGGCAGAUCUCGUGGUACAAGGACAUUCGCCAGCACCCGCUCGACAGCUUCACCCUGCACGGCUUCAACCCGCUCACGUCGCACAAGCGCGAAUGGGCACGGCUCCUCCCGUCGUUCCUGUCGCUCCUGACCGCGUCCAAUGUCCGCAACAUGGCCUUCAUCGACGUUCCCUCGCUGCGCAACGCCCGCCGCCACCGCUUCAACUGGAGCGGGACCGAGCCGAUGCUCAAGGUGACGACGGUCCAGAUCGCGCUCGCGCUUGACGAGGACACGAAGGACCAUGGCGAUGGCGGCGAGGACUUUGAGGAGGACGACGACGCGAGCGAGAGUCACGCCAAGCAGGGCGAGGCCCAGCCAAUGAGCGAGAGGGUCACGGCCGACGACCUCGAGCCCCUUCUCGCCCUCUUUCCCAACGUCGUCAAUCUCAGCCUCGCCAACAUCCACCGCGCCACUCAGCCCACACCCUCGACCGACGACGACGAGCACGACGGGCAGCACCCGCUCCCCCUCGACUCAGACGCGUACGAGGCCUUCGCGCGCGACACGUUCCUGCCGGCGGCGCGAGCGUUCGUCGACCAGCUGCGCCUCUUUGAGCGCUUUACCGAGCUCGGCCAGGUCGUCUUUCGGAGCGCAGAGGCGCGUCUCGCGGUGCGCUUCCGGCGCGAGGAGGCAGGACCAGCGGGAGAGGGGCAGGGCGAGCGACCGAGGUGGCACGAGGAGCUGAGGAGGUUGUAUUGACGAGGGGGGAUCGCUACAGUAUUAGACGACUCGAGAGUUCCGCACGACUGAGGGGGUACAGCAGGAGAGGGAAAGAGAGAGCGAGAUGCGCUUCAUACUUCUGGGUCGGCGGGAGGUCCGAGCCCGUCGCCCUCGUGCGUCCUCACGCCGCCCUUUGUGCGCUUGCCCUUCAUCUUCUUGUUGCCGAG